UCUUAAACCCUAAGAAAAACCAGAAGAACAAAAAUUCCUAGUAUGCUUCCACCAUAGAGACUAGAAGUGUGCUUGUUUUGGUGCUGCUCUCCAAUCUACAGACUCAAUGGAAGAAGGUCCUCUCUGUUCUCUCUUUAGUAGGUUGGUCUUACCAUUGGAAGCUGUAAUGGAACCGAGAUGGAAGGGGAAGAAUGCAGAAACUAAAGCUCUUGCUGAUCCUAUGUCAAAAAUUGUUGAACGGCUUCAAUCUUCUCUACGUAAAUCAGACGCACAAGGGUUGCUCUUAGAUUCUGUUGUGCUUCUCCCAGUUGACCAUGAACAGAUUGAAGUUAUUGAACUACUGAAUCGUUCUUUUUUCGGAAGACCUAGACCUAAUUCAUAUGAACAUAAACAAUGGUAUGAGCUAGACUUUGAGGAAGCUUUUUAUUUGUGCUAUUCUCUUGAAUGCCUUAAGAUUAUGGAUGAAAAUAAGUGUCUGGUAGUUAAUAAUGAUCUAUGGAAAUACAUGAAGUCAAAGAGUAAAGCAUUUCCUGAGUCCUACAUUGCAUAUUCUCAUCUUCGAAAUAAAGACUGGGUAGUAAAAGAUGGGUCAAAGUACGGUGCAGAUUUUGUGGCUUACCGCCAUCACCCAUCUCUGGUUCAUUCUGAAUUUGCUGUCAUUCUUGAAUUCGACAAGAGUCAUAGGUUACGGGUAUUGUCAGAUGUUAAAUGUGUGGUUCGUAUUUGUGCUAGUGUAGCUAAAACCUUAUUGGUUUUGAGGAUUAACACCAAGGAUUGUGAUUUCGUAUCUCCUCCAGAAUUGGAUCUUUACAAAGUUGAAGAGAUGAUUCCAGAGCAGCACCAUGAGGAUCUACACAUUAGAAAAAGGUUGAUUUCAACACAAGAGAUCCCAACACUUCCUACCAAAGACAUUAGUACUGUUUCAGUGCCUGCCUCUUCAAUCUCCAGGAUCCAACCUAAAAAAGCUCCUCUCUCUAGGAGAACGGGACCAAGAUGGAAGGGGAAGAAGAGUGCAGAAGCUAAAGCUCUUGCUGAUCCUAUGUCAAAAAUAGUUGAGCAGCUUCAAUCUUCUCUUCAUAAAUCGGAAACACAAGGGUUUCUCUUAAGUUCUGCUUUUCUUCUCUCAGUUGAUGUUGAACAAAUUGAACUGCUGGAGCAUUCUUGUUUUGGACAACCUAUAAGCUCUGAGGAAGCUUUGAGGAAGCUUUUAAUUUCCUCAGAUGAAGAUAAACAAUGGUAUGAACUAAGCUUUGAGGAAGCUUUUUAUUUGUGCUAUUCUCUUGAAUGCGUUCGGAUUAUGGAUGAAAAUAAGUGUUUGGUGUCCAAUAAUGAUGUAUGGCAAUACAUGAAGUCAAAGAGAAGAGCAUUUCCUGAGUUCUACAUCGCGUAUUCUCAUCUCCGAAAGAAAAACUGGGUAGUAAGAUCCGGGUUACAGUAUGGCGCAGAUUUUGUGGCUUACUGCCAUCACCCAUCUCUGGUUCAUUCUGAAUUUGUUGUCAUAGUUGAUUUCAAUAAUAGUUCUAGGUUAAGGGUUUGGUCAGAUAUUGAAGGUAUGGUUCGUCUUUGUACACUUGUAGCUAAAACCUUAAUGGUUUUGAGUGUUAACACCAACGAUUGUGACGUCGUAUCUCCUUCAGAAUUGGGUCUUUACAAAGUUGAAGGGAGAACAAUUACGAGAUGGUUUGCAGAGAAGCACCGCGAGGAUCCUCGCACUUCUGAGAGGUUGAGUUCAGCAUGAUGUCAACUUUUAGUUUUUGGUUAUGACAUGUAGCUUAUCGAAAGAGAAGCCAGACUCAAAAUUUGUGAAAAUUAAAUGACAAAUAUGAAUACUUUGAUGUUGCUACUGCUAUGCAAUCUGUAUGAAGUUACUGCAAUGCAAUCUGUAUGAAGUUAAACUGCUUUGGUA